AUGGCGAUGUCAGAUACAACUACCACCACUUCUGCCUCUGCGGCCGAAUCUGACACUCCGUACCAAGUCCUGUUGGCAACAUAUUCUUCCCCAAACAACGAAAAGUUUGAGCACGUCCAUGAAUUACCUACGCCGCCUGCAUCAGACAAAGUCAGUGAGAGAACCGCAUAUUUAGGGUCAUUACGGAAAGCUACAGGGGAAAUGCAAGAAAGGAUCAAUAAGGAAUUGACUGCACGAAUGGAGGAAGAUAAACUACGAGAAGCUGAAAGUGCAGAUGGAUCAAAGGUUCAUGGUGGGGUAAUUGAUGAAGCCAAGGAAGAAGACAAUUAUGGGGAAGAGGUUGUGGAAGAGGAAGAUUGA